CUCCCGGUGGUGCUCCUGACGGUGACAUGCUCUGGCGGUUGGGGCCGCUCUCGGGGCAGGCGGGCUGGAACCCGGCCGCGGCGGGGUCGGGAUGGAGGCGGCCGGGCCGCGGAGCAGGGACGCGCGGGGGCGAGCGGCGAGUCAGCCUGGCAGCCGAGCAGAGAAGAGCCCGCCGGAGAGCAGGAAAGUGUAUAUGGACUACAACGCAACCACCCCGUUGGAGCCAGAGGUCGUCCAGGCCAUGACUGAAGCCAUGCAGGAAGCCUGGGGCAAUCCCAGCAGCCCUUACCCGGCAGGUAGGAAGGCCAAGGAGAUUAUCAAUGCAGCUCGGGAAAACAUUGCCAAGAUGAUAGGCGGGAGACCUCAAGACAUGAUCUUCACUUCCGGGGGCACAGAGUCAAAUAAUUUAGUAAUCCAUUCUGUGGUGAAACAUUUCCACAAAAUCCAUGCCGCAGUGGGGGACACGGCCGAGCAUCCCAGCCCAGUGGAGGGGGCCCUGCCUCACAUCAUCACCUGCACCGUGGAACACGACUCCAUCCGCCUGCCCCUGGAGCACCUGGUGGAAGAACAAGUGGCCGAGGUCACCUUUGUCCCCGUGUCCAAGGUAAAUGGGCAGGCGGAGGCUGAGGACAUCCUGGCGGCCGUCCGCCCGGCCACGUGCCUCGUGACCAUCAUGCUGGCCAAUAACGAGACAGGCGUCAUCAUGCCGGUGCCCGAGAUCAGCCGGCGAGUCCGAGCCCUGAACCAGCAGCGGGCGGCGGGCGGGCUGCCGGGGGUGCUCGUGCACACGGACGCCGCCCAGGCCUUGGGGAAGCGGCGCGUGGACGUGCGGGACCUGGGCGUGGACUUCCUGACCGUCGUGGGCCACAAGUUCUAUGGCCCCAGGAUUGGAGCACUUUACGUCCGAGGGCUCGGUGAACUCACCCCUCUGUACCCUAUGCUCUUUGGAGGUGGACAAGAGCGGAAUUUCAGGCCGGGGACAGAGAACACCCCGAUGAUUGCCGGCCUUGGGAAGGCGGCUGAGCUGGUGGCAGAGAACUGCGAGGCCUACGAAGCCCACAUGCGGGACGUGUGCAGCUACCUGGAGGAGAGGCUGGCGGCUGAAUUUGGUAAGAGAAUCCAUCUGAACAGCCAGUUUCCAGGCACUGAGCGACUCCCCAACACCUGUAACUUCUCCAUCCUGGGACCCCAGCUGCAAGGCCGCUUGGUGCUGGCCCAGUGCAGGACGCUGCUGGCCAGCAUGGGGGCUGCGUGCCACUCGGACCAUGGAGACCGGCCAUCCCUGGUGCUGCUGAGCUGCGGCAUCCCCUUGGACGUGGCCAGGAACGCCAUCCGGCUCAGCGUGGGCCGCGGCACCACCCGGGCCGAAGUGGACCUCGUCGUGCAGGACCUGAAGCAGGCGGUGGCCCGGCUGGAGGGCCAGGCCUAGUGCCCAGGGUGGUGCCAGAAGGAGUCUUCCUCUUGUCCCAGAGCGUGUGGGCUCCGGGCUCCCUCCCGUCCCUUGGUCAGUGAGGGAGCGGGUCUGCUGGGCACACAGAUGCCACCGGUGCUGAGGGGCCCAGGACAAGAUGCCCUCGUGGGACCGUCCCUGUCACUGCUGCCCAGUGGCACCAGUUGGAUUAGAAACGCUUUAGCCACGUCCACGCUCCCCUCUCGGAAGCGGGGCGAGCUUGUUACAAGCACGCCCUUCCUGGAAGGUGGCAUUUUUAUCCGAAAGGUAAAAUCCUAGUAGUUACAAUUGAUUGUCAGCUGCUCUCAUGGAAAUAGGAAACCUGGUUUUUGGCUGCUGUCCUGGCCUCUGUGCACCUGUUGGCUGAGAGGUCGGUCCCUCCUCACCCUCAUGGCCCUUCUCAAGCCCUUUCCAGAGGGAGGGGGCCCCUGCGGUCAGGCCCCCUCCCCGCUUGGCGUCCCCCCGCUUCCUGGGCCUGCCCAUCCUCCUCAUCACUUGCUGGUCACUCGGGCCAUCGACCACUGGGCACCCUCUCACCCAGUCCGCAGGCCCCUCCCGUCCCUUCCAUUCGAUCAUUCACUCAGAGUUUCAGCUCAGCCGUCAGAGUCACGGGCGGCAGUGCCUGCGUGAUGCUGGGUCAUUCCCAAGGCGGAAAAUCGUUCAUCCCUCGCUCAGCUCCCAUCUCAGUUGUAUUUGCGGGAUGAUUCUUUGAUCUUCACAGAGGCAUUGUGGUGUCUGAUUCACAUCAAAUGUCAUGUCUAUGGAGACAUUUACAUAGGAGUGGUUUUUUUAAUUGAAUAACACUUUUAAUGUGCGGUUGAAAGGUGCAAGGAACUUCAUGAUGGCACUGAGGAAACAACCGUCAGAAAUUAGAUGAACUAAUAAAA